AGUUGUGCACGAGCCACAUACCAUGCAGUUUACUGGUCACUGAGGAGAAGUCAGUAAGGGGUGGUCAGGGCUGCAUUCAGCCCAUUACCAAAGGCUCAGCUGGGGAUACAGCCGUCUGCUGUAUGACCAUCACAGUUCAACAACAGGGUGGAUAUGCCAGUCACUGUCCAGAAAAGACAAGGGUGGACCCGAGGCUGCUGAAGGUGGCCUACAGACAGGAGAUGACCCUCCCUGUGGAGGAAGUGGAGCAGAGAUGAAAGGAUCUGUGCCUGCCCCAAGCUCAGCUUCUCAACAUCCCGGAGCUGGACCACAAGGAGAGAGAGCAACAAGAAAUUCAUCCCGUUCAACAGUUGGAGCAAAAUUACUUCCUAUUACACGGACUGCAUACUGGAACUGCUGUGCUACAUCCGCUGUGGAUGAAAGAAAACAGACACAAUGUUAUAUCUAUUGUUGUGCUGGAGAAGAAAAUUGGGUAGACAAUCGCACUAUUUAUGUCGGUCACAAAGAGCCUCCUCCGGGCACUGAAGCUUACAUUCCUCAGAGGUAUCCAGAUAACAGGAUCGUCUCCUCAAAGUAUACAUUUUGGAACUUUAUACCGAAGAACCUAUUUGAACAGUUCAGAAGAAUAGCAAAUUUUUACUUUCUAAUUAUUUUCCUUGUACAGCUUAUCAUUGAUACCCCAACCAGUCCAAUAACUAGUGGCCUGCCACUAUUCUUUGUCAUCACUGUGACUGCAAUAAAACAGGGCUAUGAAGACUGGCUAAGGCACAAAGCUGAUAAUGCUAUGAACCAGUACUCUGUCCAUGUUAUCCAGCAUGGUAAAUUAGUCCGAAAGCAAAGUCGGAAACUUAGGGUUGGAGACAUUGUUAUGGUUAAGGAAGAUGAAGCUUUUCCAUGUGACAUAAUACUGCUUUCCUCGAGCAGGGAUGAUGGUACAUGUUUUGUUACGACAGCUAGCUUGGAUGGAGAAUCCAGUCACAAAACGUAUUAUUCUGUACAAGACACAAAAGCAUUUCACAAUGAAGAAGAGAUGGACACAUUGCACGCCACCAUAGAAUGUGAACAACCUCAGCCAGAUCUUUACAAAUUUGUUGGUCGGAUCAACAUUUAUAAUAAAACUGAAGACCCCAUUGCCAGGCCUCUGGGAUCCGAAAAUGUGUUACUUCGUGGUGCUACAUUGAAAAACACAGAAAGAAUCUUUGGUGUUGCUAUAUAUACUGGGAUGGAAACCAAGAUGGCAUUAAAUUACCAGUCCAAAUCACAGAAGAGAUCUGCUGUUGAAAAGUCAAUGAAUGCUUAUCUCAUUGUGUACCUGUGUAUUCUGAUCAGCAAAGCCUUAAUAAACACUUUGCUAAAGUAUGUGUGGCAGAGCGAGGCUUCCCGCGAUGAGCCUUGGUACAACCAAAAGACUGACUCUGAAAGACAAAGGAAUCUGUUUAUCAGAGCUUUCACAGACUUUCUGGCUUUCAUGGUCCUUUUCAACUACAUUAUCCCUGUCUCAAUGUACGUCACUGUGGAAAUGCAGAAAUUCCUGGGUUCUUAUUUCCUCACCUGGGAUGAGGAGAUGUUUGAUGAGACAACUGGAGAAGGCCCACUUGUGAACACAUCAGAUCUGAAUGAAGAGCUUGGACAGGUUGAAUACAUAUUUACAGACAAGACUGGGACUCUAACCGAAAACAACAUGGAGUUUAUUGAAUGUUGCAUUGAGGGUCAUGUGUACAUACCACACGUCAUCUGUAACGGGCAGAUCCUUCCUGACUGUAUGGGCAUUGACAUGAUUGAUUCGUCACCGGGAUCUGGAGGAAAAGAGAGAGAAGAACUUUUCUUCCGUGCGCUCUGCCUAUGCCACACUGUGCAAGUCAAAGAUGAGGACCAUGCUGAUGGUGAAAGGAAAUCUUGUCAAUCUAGCAAAUCCAGUGUGUACAUUUCUUCCUCUCCUGAUGAAGUAGCUCUUGUUGAGGGUAUACAACGACUUGGCUAUACAUUUCUGAAACUAAAGGACAAUUACAUGGAAAUCUGUAAUAGGGAAAAUGACAUUGAAAGAUUCCAAUUGUUACAAGUAUUGACAUUUGAUUCUGUACGAAGACGUAUGAGUGUCAUAGUGAAAUCAGUCUCAGGUGACAUAUUCCUAUUUUGCAAAGGAGCAGAUUCUUCUAUAUUUCCCAGAGUCAGAGAAGGGAAAGUCGAUCAAAUUCGAUCCAGAGUUGAACGCAAUGCUGUGGAAGGCCUGAGGACUUUAUGUGUUGCAUAUAAAAGGUUUUCACAAGAAGAGUAUGAAGCUGCUGAAAAGUUGCUGAAGAGUGCACAGCUAGCCCUGCAAGAUAGAGAGAAAAAGCUGGCCGAGGCCUAUGAGCAAAUAGAGCAGAACCUCAUCCUACUGGGCGCCACGGCAGUAGAAGACAGACUCCAGGAAAAAGCAGCUGAUACAAUUGAAGCUUUACAGAAAGCUGGCAUUAAAGUAUGGGUACUGACAGGCGACAAAAUGGAGACCGCUGUUGCCACCUGUUUUGCUUGCAAACUGUUCCGAAGAAACACGCAGCUGCUGGAGCUGACAACAAAGAAAAUAGAGGAGCAAAGUUUACAUGAUGUGCUCUUUGAAUUAAGCAAGACUGUCCUCAGGCACAGCGGAAGCUUAACCAGAGACAAUUUCUCAGGGUUUUCAACCGAUUUCCAAGACUACGGAUUAAUUAUUGAUGGAGCCGCACUUUCAUUAUUAAUGAAACCCCGAGAAGACGGGAGCUCUACCAAUUACAGAGAGGUUUUCCUAGAGAUCUGCAGGAACUGUAGUGCAGUAUUGUGCUGCCGAAUGGCUCCUUUGCAGAAAGCACAGAUUGUCAAAUUAAUAAAGACAUCCAAAGAACAUCCGAUUACACUCGCAAUAGGAGAUGGUGCAAAUGAUGUCAGCAUGAUCUUAGAGGCACAUGUUGGAAUUGGUAUCAUUGGAAAGGAAGGACGACAGGCAGCCAGAAACAGCGACUAUGCAAUCCCUAAGUUCAAGCAUUUAAAAAAGAUGCUGCUUGUCCAUGGUCAUUUUUAUUACGUUAGAAUAGCAGAGCUUGUCCAAUACUUUUUUUAUAAGAAUGUCUGCUUUAUUUUCCCUCAGUUUUUAUACCAGUUCUUCUGUGGAUUUUCACAACAGCCUUUAUAUGACACUGCAUACCUGACACUGUACAACAUCAGCUUCACGUCACUGCCUAUCCUAUUGUAUAGUCUAAUUGAGCAACAUGUCAGUAUGGAAAUGCUGAAAAGAGACCCAACACUAUACAGGGACAUUGCAAAGAAUGCACUACUGCGUUGGCGUCUGUUUAUUUAUUGGACCUUCCUGGGGUUGUUUGAUGCCGUCGUAUUUUUCUUUGGGGCUUAUUUUCUGUUUGACAAUGUCACUGUGACUAGCAACGGGCAGAUCUUGACAACCAACACGUACAUGAUGCUGGGAAACUGGACCUUUGGAACACUGGUCUUUACUGUCCUGGUAUUUACAGUGACACUCAAGCUUGCACUGGAUACACAAUACUGGACGUGGAUAAACCACUUUGUCAUUUGGGGAUCACUUGUUUUCUACAUAGUUUUUUCAUUGCUCUGGGGAGGAAUUGUCUGGCCUUUUCUGAAUUAUCAGAGGAUGUAUUAUGUGUUCAUGCAAAUGUUGUCGAGUGGUCCUGCAUGGCUGGGCAUUAUACUUCUUAUUACAGUCAGUCUCCUCCCUGAUGUGCUCAAGAAGGUCAUAUGCAGACAGUUAUGGCCUACGGAAACAGAAAGGAUCCAGAAUGCUUCCAGCCUGUCUCAGGACCACGUUUGUGAGUUCACACCUCUAGCCACCAUGCAGAGCCCAAAUUACCAAAGCAACGAGUUCAACAACGCUGCAGCCAGCAGGUCUAAUUAUUAUUCUAAAAAAGUCAUGCUUACUCACUGGCAAAGCAAUGAGUAUUUCAAACUUCCAUCCCUUUUUGGCCAUUCCAAUACCCGCUAUAGCUCCAGCAUGGGCUCAUACCUCAGCAGGUCAGGCUUGGAAACAUCCGUGUGACCCAUCACCACUGCAAGCCUUUACAAACUCUUUAUUUUUUUAUUUUAGAAUUUGAAAGAUGCAGCAAAAUGAUUGUCUAGUAAAACUGUAGCCCCUCAGAUGCCUACUCGCUGUCUGACCACAGGGGGUUAUUGGCUCCCCUCUGGGCCUAUGGGGCUGCCGGUUCUUUUUUUUUUUUUUUUUAGAACACUGCAGCAAAGAACAAUUUUCACAGUCUGGUACUGUGUGACUGAUAGCACUGUACAUUUCCCGUUCCCAGUCCAGAGAUUUAUGUGGUUUAUUAGUCACGUUUGCUUUUAUUGUUUUCUACUACUGAUUUGUGUGUGGAUGAUUUUUACUACAUGUUGUAGUUAUCUAGUUGGAGCACAAUAUGUCAGCUAACUGAAGAUCCUCCUUUCUCUUUCUCUCCUCUGCUGGUACCAAAAGAACAAGCUGGUGUUUCUCUUGUGCUCAUUUCUUUUCGAGAAACUCUGUCUAACGCUCAUUUCAUUGUAAGUUGCCAAAUAUGUUCAUGUAAUACCUGUGUUUUCCCAGUAGUUUUCCCCAGGACUUCCUAAAUGUGUGCCGUGUCCUGUGACUUUCUUACAAGCCGUGCAUAUUUAGAAAUUCUGUAACUUUGGACAAUGCUGAAAAAAAACAUAUCAUGAAAUUAUAUGAAAUCCAAAUGUUUAAGGUAGAAAAAAAAAAGAUAUGGUUCAAAAUACAUUUUACAUGUUGUGUAAAAAUAUUUUAGCGAAAGUACUAUGUCAUUGUCUGGAUAAUGUUUAUAGCAGGGCUAAUGUUGUCAGAUUUGAGUGAUCAUAAUGCUGGAUUCAAGGACAAUUUCUAGUCCGCUACAUAUCUGUAGUUUGCCGAUUUGAGCCUUUGCUCCCUAUACCGUAAUGCUGUGUAGUAAAGCGGACAUAUGUUGCAAUAACCUUAGUUACGCGUAUGUGUGAUGAACAAUAUAAGACCAGAUUUGGAGAGAGGAUAUUGCAGAACAGAACAGUGUGACUGUGCAGUUUAUUGAGCGUGUGAUGUACCGUAUUUUCCGCCCUAUAGGACGCACCGUCAUAUAAGACGCACCCAAUUUUAAAGGUGCAAAAUCUAGAAAAAAAAGAUUCUGAACCCAACAGUGAUCUUCAACCUGCGGACCUCCAGAUGUUGCAAAACUA